AUUAAGCCUCUCACUAAUUAGAAGCUCCAAAAGCUUUUUCCUUCUUCUCUUUUUUUCUUACGGAUUUCUCUGACCGGAGCGAUGGAAAUUGACGGUGGAGGAGAUCGUAUCUCCGGUGAACGACCAAUCAUUAUGGUCACCAACGACGACGGAAUAGACGCACCUGGCUUGCGUUCUCUCGUUCGCGUCCUCGUCUCCACUAACCUCUACGAUGUUCGCGUCUGCGCUCCUGAUUCGGAGAAAUCUGCUGUUAGUCACAGUAUAAUAUGGAAUAGACCACUCACUGCAAAACGAGUAGAUAUUGAUGGAGCUACUGCUUAUGCUGUUGAUGGAACACCUGCGGAUUGCACUGGUUUGGGCUUAUCGGAAGCACUCUUUCCUUCUCGUCCUGACCUGGUUCUUAGUGGUAUAAACGUGGGUAGCAACUGCGGAUAUCACAUCGUCUAUUCUGGAACUGUUGCUGGCGCUCGUGAAGCCUUCCUUUAUGAUGUGCCUUCUGCCUCUAUAUCAUAUGAUUUUGAUUGGAAACGUGGAGAGAUGAAUGCUAAUGAUUUUGUCCUUUCUGCCCAAGCUUGCUUGCCUAUUAUAAACGGCAUACUCAGUGCGAUCAAGAACAAAACUCACCCUAUGCAAUGCUUUCUGAAUAUCGAUUUACCGACUGACAUUGCUAACCAUAAGGGAUACAAACUAACUAGACAAGGUAAAAGCAUGGGUAAAAUGGGAUGGAGACAAGUGGAAGAGAAAGCACAAGGGCCAAAGAUGUUAUCAACAAUGACAAUGGAUACAGAGUCAGGAGUAGUCUCGUCAGACAACGACACAUCUGCUCAUUCGAAAAAAGAUAGCCGUUUAUUCAAAAGAGAGGUAAGGGGAAGCUUUAAUGAAGAAGGGACUGAUUCUCACUACCUAAAAGAAGGAUUUAUUACGGUGACGCCGCUUGGAGCUCUCUCUCAGACUGAUGUGGAUUGCCAAAACUACUACAAAGAAUGGCUUCCCAAGAUUACAAACCAGUCAUGUUCCUCCUCAUCCCUUUGAUGCUACAACAUGAGAGGAAAAAAAACUCUAUUAAGAUUUAAGAACUUACCCAUUGUAGACCACAAUUAGUGGUAAACCUAUUAUUAUAUCAGUAUCGGUUGUUUAGUUUUCUAUAGUCUUGACUUGUUAUGGUUAUGAGCAGCAGAAUCUCUGUUGCUGCAAGCGCAUUAUUAUCC